UAAAAGCCCACUUCUUUAGACAAGUUUCAAAUAAAUUAAUAAUACUCUUAUUUCUUAUCCCCCCAUCAAUAAAGUUAUGGAAGUAGCAGAAGAUAGCAGUCCAGUUGAGUGUUCAAAGAAGAAGAGUCAUGAAGAUGGUAAAAGGUUUAGUGAUGAACAAGUGAAGGUACUUGAGUCCAUGUUUAAACAAAAGACAACGCUUGAACCUAGCAAGAAGCUUGAACUGGCCAGAGAUCUCGGGCUGCAACCGCGGCAAGUUGCGAUUUGGUUCCAGAACAGAAGGGCAAGAUGGAAAACAAAGCAACUAGAGCAUGAAUAUAGACGACUCAAAGAUGAAUUCGACAAUUUAGCUAUUAAGUUUGAAUCGUUGAAGAAAGAAAAGGAAUCUUUGCUCAAGCAGUUACAGGAACUAAGUGAUCAGAUGGAAAACAACCAUGCUGGUUGCAGCAGAAGCCAAGAUUCAAUUGACAGUGAAAUCUAUACAAGCUCAGAAAAUAUAGAAGCAGAAGUAGAUGUGAAGGACAAUAUCCCAGGUUGCAUAAAUACGAGUUUAGACCACGAGAGGAUUAAGGGAGCAGAUAGUGACAUAGAAGGAACACUAUUUGAACACUUGAGGUGGAAGGAGGAAGAAGAGUUUUGGAACAUGGAGGAAUUAGGAGACAGUUUCUUAGGAUCACCUGAGCACUGGUAUGCUGUAGGCCCAGGUUAUUCCUUCGACCUGUCAUGUGAAAAUUCUAAGUGGUGGGAAUUUUGAACUCAACAUAUACAUCAAUACUUUCAAAGGAGUAAACAGGUGAUCAAACUUCGAUCAACAAAAAAGUUUAUGUUUUCUUACUCACAUUGAUGGAGCCAAGGUUGUGUGCACAGAAUAGGAGGGACUUCAUUCCCAGUUGAUCUUUCUCCCAUUGUGCCGAGAAUCUGGAAGGAGCUUGCCAAAAUGAUUUGCAAGGAAAACUAGUGGCAUAACAUGAGAAAGAGAUGCACUAGCCUUUCUCCCAAAAUGUCACAGUGAUGUUUCUUUCUUUUGAUAAUGGAUAUAUAGCUUGUAAUUUAGUUCACAAGAAAGAAAACAGUGUAUAUAGGGCUUCUAUGCGUAAUCACAAUAAAAUAAAAUGGAUGUGCCAUAAUCAAAAGUCAGGUCUUAAUUUCUAGUUAUGUGAAUAGAAAAACUUUUAGUAGGUUA